GAGAGAGCCAUGCAAUGUGUAGAACAGAACGAAAGAGGGUAAACUUAGAAGAGGAAGAGCACAAGAGAGCCGCAACAAAGAAGACAAACAAGGUUUUGGUGGCUCAAGGAAAGGGCGAGAGAGAGAGAGAGAGAGAGCGGCGGAGAAGCGGGGGAGAAAGGAUGGCAACACGGUAAUUGGCAUCGCGUGCAUCCAAUUCGAUGCCCGCACCGGCCCGCGCACUGCUGCUUUGCUUGAAUCCCAAGCGGUUGCUCUGUUGCUGGUGUCAUCGCUCGAUUUAUAUUGGAAAGGGGGCAGGUUUUUUCGAUUUCGCUUGAUUUCCCAUUGGAGAGAGGAGCACCGGAGGCCAUACGAGAGAGAAAAGGUUGAAUCUUGUUAGGGUUUCCCUCCCUCCCUCGUAAUUAAUCUUGUUAGAGAAGUUUAGGAAGAAGAUUGCGGCGGUCGAUAACAGGUACGGAGAAAUGAAAUCUUGGUCGUGGAUCCUUUUAGGAUGGUGGAAAUUGGGCGUUCCGAGGUAGUUGUAUCUGUUCUUGAGAUCGAAAAAGGGUGCUUCUGAAGCGUUGGCUAAUUAUUCAAGGGGUUUUUUCCCUAUCAUAUAUUUUACACACAGAAACAGGUAGAGGGCGUUAAAUAUUCAAAGUGGCUUCCGAGAAGAUUGAAAGAUUUUGGCUCUGCAUAAGUCUCUUUAAAUUAGUGCUUUCAGGACUGUUAGUGUUAUGAGGAUAGUGAUGGAUCAUGGCAUCAAUUUUCCUCAUGGAGGAGUUUUUCUGCAGUCUUUUUGCAAUCAACAUGUAGUUUCUUUUCAACCAAAGGAUGUAAAGAGCACAACCAAUGUUUUUCUUGGUGACAUGAACACUUCAGGUGGAAUAAUUGCAACGACAGGGAUGAUAUUGACUGGGAAUGCCAGCACUCCAAACAAUAUUUCUUCCAUGAUUUUGACAGGUAAUCUGCCAAGCAAUAUCCUUCUCGAUCCAUUACCUGGACUUGAGCAUCUCGCAGCGUUUGCUGUUGAUUGGUCCUGUGAGGAAUUGGAAGCGUUGAAACGUGGACUUGUCAUGUUUGCUAGUGAACCUAAUAUCAUGAAGUAUAUCAAGAUAGCAGCUAGACUUUCCGAGAAGACUGUGAGAGAUGUUGCGAUAAGGUGCCGAUGGAUGACAAGGAAGGAGAAUGGUAAACAACAUAAAUCUGAAGACUUUUAUGCUGGAAAGAAAAUCAAAGACAGAAAGGAGAAGAUGAUAGGUUGUUCUUCAAUGGUCAAUAUGCACUAUAAUCAACCGGACUGUGAAGCUGCCUGUUCUGUCAUGAUGUGUAAUGGGAACCAUAUGAAUCAGUUCUCAUCUGAAGCAUUCCCAGUGAUUGACAGCAGAACAAUGAAUCUUCUGGAAGACAAUGCAAAACUUCUUCACCAGAUUGCAGUUAACAGUGAAAAUAAUGAGAUACAAAAUAACAUCGAUCUCUUGUAUUGCACAAACAACAACAUAACAGCCAUUUUAAAUAGCAUGCUUGAAAUGCCUGGUAUUAUGAGUCAGAUGCCUCCACUGCCUGUGUAUGCCAAUGAGAAUCUUCUGCUUUCCAUAUUGCGCUCUACUAGUCAGAUUUAAUUUUGACCACAUUGCCAUUUGGUUUAUCCAAAAUAAUUUGUGAAGUACUCUGAAGAUCAGAAAGAGAUCAACUCAGAUCUUGUCAGUAAACAUAACUGCAGAUGAACAUGCAUGGUGCUUCUUAUCAUACAGAAAGAACAACAAACGAUUCUUUUUUAACUUUAGUUUCCAAUUCUCAGAUCUAACAUUGUAAGAAACUAGGAAAGCUGGAAUCUGGUAGGUCGAUUGUUGUCAAAAUUAUAGGCUAUCACUGUUGGGGCCAGGUGAUGGAUCGAGGUAUCACCCUAUGUUCUUUGGGAACCAGCUGAUUUAUACUGUACCACGUACCACAGUUGGGAAACUUUCAGGCAUGAAAUGCAAGUGUGCUACAUGUCAUGCUGCUGAACAAGAAACAAACACAAAAUGUGUCGAGAUAUGGCAUAGCAGGAACUCAUGAUAUAAUUAUGAUUUUUGAUGGUUUAAUGUCAGUGUAUAGUUUGUGGCACCUCAAUUCUGGUCUGUAUACAGGAUGAGAUUGACCAAUACAUCGUGUCCAUGAAGCCAA